AUGAUCCAGAGCGCGGUGCCGAUGAAUCCCGCAGUGAUGAGGUUGUUAAGCAGCCCACGCCGCGACACCGCCUCCAUGAAGCCCGACAUGUCCAUCGCCACGCGCGCCGGACGCGCGGCGCGGGGCACGCUCACGACUCGCGUCCCGCGCGGAGAAGACACCGCGCGCCCGUGCACGGAUGAUUUGGUAGACACCACUGAAGGCGUCGCCGUCGAGAAGGCGAGGUGGUGCGGCAUGGUGCGGCGGGGCGGAUGA